AAAUAAGUGAUAACACGUUUUGGAACUUGAAAUACUGGUAUAACGAUUUAGCAAGAAAGAGUUAUUUUAUAAGCCUUAAAAUGAAUGGAAAUCAUUGUAUCAUUUGGUUAUUUCUUCUGUAUGGGGUGUGUUUUAUUGGUAUGACUGAUGGUUGUCCCGCUGACUGUUCUUGCGGUGGGGAUACGUGUAAAUAUGUGUUUUGCUUCAAUCGAGGACUGAAAAACGUUCCGACGGGGAUACCCAAUGAUACAUGCGAACUGAACCUUAGGUUCAACCAGAUAAACAGGAUCGACAGUAAUGCCUUUCAGGGAUUAUCACAGCUUGAAACAUUGUGGCUAUAUAACAACCAGAUUAGUCAGAUUGACAACAACGCAUUUAAAGGGCUGUCACAGCUAAGAGAAUUGCACCUUGAUAGAAAUCAGAUAAGUGGAAUCGACAACAACACCUUUCAGGGGUUAUCUCAGCUUCAAACACUGUAA